AUGGCAACUACUACAAAGAAGAAACCAGAGAAAACAAUUCCUGGCUGAGUGGAUUUGGUGUUUUCUUGGUCUUUAAAGGAUGUGUUGAACAAAGAUCUUUACAAUUCAUUUGUUAUGGAGAUUCCUGAGACGUUCUUAUCGAUUGAUCAUUACAUGAAGUCAUUCAUUACUCCACUUAUUGAAGAAACACAUGCUGAUUUGCUCUCAAACAUCACCACAGUUUCACGAGCCCCUGCACUCGAGGUUCUUGAUGUCAGAGAAUCAAAAUAUUUUAAACCUCCAAAAAGUUUAUAUUAUGAUAUUUUGGUAAAUAGAGCUAUGGAGGGGAAGAAAUUUGAACGAAAGUAUAAACCAAUGAACGGAGAUUUGAUUGCAGUAUCAGAUGUGUUACCAAGAAGAAUUGAUGAUUUGAACAGACCAAAGAUAUCUUAUCUGAUUGGCAUAAUCAAUAACAUAAAAGAUGAAGAUUCAUAUCGGAUACACAUUCAGUCUUCGAAGCCUAUUUCAUUUCAGAAACAAGACAACGACAAGGGUGAAAAAGGGGACAAACUUUUUGUUGUCUAUCUUUCCAAUUUAACAACAAAUCUUCGAAUAUGGGCUGCUUUGAAUCCGAACAUGGAAAAUGCAAACUUGAAUAUCAUUAACACUGUGCUGAAAAGUAAUCCAAUUACUGAUGAAAUAGACUGCUCUCUUUGCUCCUCCUCAGAAUCUAAAACUAAUGUUUUAUCGAAUUCAAGUGCCAUUAUUCAGUCCUUUGGUCUAGAUGGUGCUCAACAAGAGGCUGUUCUAAGCUGUAUUGCAACAAAAGAAUGUGUUCACCGGAAUACUGUUAAGCUAAUUUGGGGUCCUCCAGGAACGGGGAAGACUAAAACAGUUGCCUCCUUACUAUAUGUCUUGUUAAAGAUGAAAUGUAGAACUUUGACUUGUGCUCCUACGAACAUUGCUGUGUUGGGAGUUACGAAGAGGCUGAUGCAACAUGUAAGAGAUGGUCUGGAAUUUGACACAUAUGGUUUAGGGGACAUCAUUUUAUUUGGUAAUGCAAAAAGAAUGAACAUUAGUGAUCAUGAAGAUCUGUUUGAUGUAUUUCUUAAUACUCGUGUUCGUAUUCUUGCUUGCUGUUUGUCUCCUAUUCAUGGGUGGAGAAGUGCUAUCGAGUCCAUGAUAUAUUUUCUUAAGUCUCCUAUGAAGCAAUACCGACAAUACUUGAGAGAAGAAGAAAGGAAUAGUACCAAGCAGUUGCGGAAAAAAGUUGUCAUAAAAAACUUACAAAAGAACAAGAAGAAGACAUCAAAGGAUAAAAGAAGUUUCAAAAGGAAGAAUAACUUCACAUCCAAUGGUGAAGUGAACAUGGCCAAUUUUGUCGAGACAAGUGAAGAAGAAACCAGUGUUUGGACAUUUGAGGAGUUUGUUAUCAAGAGAUUCAAAUGGAUCCAGAAUCACUUGACGUAUUGUCUGACGAGCUUGUACACACAUCUGCCUACUUCUUUCCUUCCACUAGAAGUAGCUAAGGAAAUGAUAAGGCUUCUUAAGAUGCUUCAAACUCUUGAAACAUUGUUUGGUUCUGUGGUUACAUGCAAAGAGUUCAAAGAAGUUUUGCUUGGUAUUUUGGCAAGUAAUAAGGCGAGGCGUUUUGCUUAUCUGUAUGCAAUUAAACAAGGAUGCCUUAAAGUAUUGGAGUUUCUCAAUGAGAGUAUCUCUCUUCCCAAACUCAUUUACGACUAUCAAAUUCGAAGAUUUUGUCUAAAAGAUGCUUGCUUGAUUUUCUGCACUGCUUUUAGCUCAUCAAAAUUGCAUAGAAGGGGAAUGGAACCACUAAAGAUGGUGGUAAUUGAUGAAGCUGCUCAACUGAAAGAAUGUGAAUCCACUAUUCCAUUACAACUCCCUGGUCUCCGCCAUGCUAUACUCAUCGGAGAUGAGAAACAAUUGCCUGCUAUGGUUCAGAGCAAGAUUUGCGAGAAGGCUGAAUUCGGGAGGAGCUUAUUCGAGAGGCUGGUAAUAUUAGGACACAAGAAGCACCUUCUUAAUGUUCAAUAUAGGAUGCAUCCAAAAAUAAGUUUGUUCCCGAACAACGAGUUCUAUGAGAAGAAAAUUAUGGAUGGUCCUAAUGUGACAGCAGCUAUAUAUGAGAAGAGAUUUCUUAAAGGAGAUAUUUUUGGCUCGUAUUCAUUCAUUAAUGUGAGUAGCGGAAAAGAGGUGCUUGAUGAGGAGCACAGCACGAGAAAUAUGGCAGAAGUUCUCAUUGUAGCUGAGAUAGUUGCAAACCUUCAUAGAGAAUCUGUCUCUUCAAAUCACAAAGUCCGUGUUGGUUGUAUAUCUCCUUACAAAGCUCAAGUUUUUGCUAUUGAACAAAUUCUUGCCAAGAGAUAUAGCACGGAUGUUAAGAGUGAUUUCUCAGUGAACGCACGUUCUGUUGAUGGUUUUCAAGGUGGUGAAGAGGAUGUGAUAAUUAUAUCCACUGUUCGUUGUAAUGGGAGUGGAUCGGUUGGUUUUCUUUCUAAUAUUCAGAGAGCAAAUGUAGCACUGACUCGAGCAAGAUACUGUCUUUGGAUAUUGGGAAAUGCUGCAACUUUGGUUAACAGUAGUUCUAUUUGGAAGAAUAUAGUCAUUGACGCCAAGGCUCGUGAUUGUUACUUUGAUGCUAUUGAUGACAUAAGAUUGGCUCAAACAGUUUUGAAUGCUACCGUUGAGGUUGGACAGAUAGAUACAUUACUCAGAACAGACUCCCCUCUAUUCAAAACAGCCAAGUGGAAGGUUUUGUUCUGUGAGAAUUUCUCAAAAUCCAUUGCCAGACUUAAGGAUGUCGAGAUCAGUAAAGAAGUGGUUUCCCUAUUGAUGAAGCUAUCAAGGGGUUGGCGUAAGUCAGAAAAGAAGAGAAUGAUCAACAAGGGUGGGAGUUCCUCUGCACUGUUGGAGGUCUACAAUGUGAAGUACCUAAAAUUGAUUUGGACCAUAGCUAUUCUGCAGCAGGAUUCGAUACACGUUCAAGUACUAAAGAUCUGGGACAUUUUACCAGCAUAUCAGAUACCGAACUUGUCAAAGGACCUUGACAUCCUUUUUGGUCAAUAUACAGUGGAUAUGAUGAAUCGUUGCAUAUCCAAACGAGUGGAACGAAACUUAGUACUUCCAGUGACUUGGCCAAACAAUGGAAACAACGUCUCAGGAACCGGAUCAGCUCACAGUGAACAAGACCAGAACUUGGCACAUCAACUGUCAGCUAUGAGUUUGAAUGAUAAACCAGGAUCUUCAAGAAGUUCCAAGUGA